CGAGGAUGAAGAAGAGGAGGCGGAGGAGGAGCUGGAGGAGGACGAGGCCGGGUCCUGGGGUCCGCACAUCGAGCCGUCGCUGGCGGCACUGAGGGUAGAGGAGCUGAGUGGGGGGGGGCACGUGACCCCCGAGGAGAGCAGCAGCUCGGACGACGACGAGGAGGAGGAAGAGGAGGAGGAGGAGGAGGAGGGGGGGGCAGGCAACCCCUUCCCCCCCACGCCGCCCCCCAACCCCUUCACGGCCGACCCGCCGGGCAGCGCCAGGAGCCCCCCGCUGGGGGGCUUCACGCGGCCCGGCCCUGACGAGGCAUCGUGCCCGAAGCCCGAACCGUUCCAGGGCUCCGUGUGGCUGGGCACGGAGGACGGCUGCAUCCACAUCUACCAGUCGUCCGACACGAUCCGCCACCGCAAGAAGAGCCUCAAGCUGCAACACUCGGCCGCGGUCACCUGCAUCGUUUUCCUGGAGAACAAGGUGUUUGUGUCUCUGGCCAACGGGGACCUUGUGGUUUACCACCGCGACGACGGUUGCUUCUGGGCCGUGGGGGAGGCGCGCGUGCUGCCCCUGUCCACGGCGGCCGCCCCCGUGUGCCGCAUGCUGGCCGUGUGUGGCCGCCUGUGGUGCGGCUGCCAGAACAACAUCGUGGUGCUGCACCCCGACUCCCUGCUCGUCGAGGCGAGCUUCGUGGUGGACGGGGAGGGGGGCCGCGGCGUGGCGUGCAUGGCCAGCGAGGGCUCCGGGGUGUGGGUGGCUCUCACCGCCAGCACCCAGGUCCGACUCUACCACCCCGCCACCUACGAGUGUCUCGCCGAGGUGGACGUCACCGCGGCCGUCUCCAGGAUGCUGGCCGGCUGCGACGCCAUCAUCCGGCAGCACAAGUCUGCGUGCCUGCGCGUCACCUCGCUCACCCUGGGCGCCGAGCUGCUGUGGGUGGGCACCAGCGCGGGUGUCCUCGUCACCCUGCCGCACCACCACCUCACUCACCCCGGCCCCCGGCGGCACGACCGCAGCCCCCCGCCCCACCACCGCCACCCCGGCGGCGCCGCCGCGGGGGGGCCCCCCCAGAGCGCCGAAUGGGGGGCCGACGCCCAGCAGCCGGACCCCGAGUGGGGGCAGCACGACUCAGCGGGGAGCCCUGGGCUGGGGGCGGGGGCCCCGUCGCCGACGCAGCGCUGGCCCGCCGUGGCCCCCGUGGGUUGCCUGCAUGGCCACACGGGCCACGUGAGGUUCAUCACCAGCGUGCGGCUGCCAGAGGGCUGCGUCUGGGCCGAGCAAGGAGGCCCCGUGGGGGCCCCCGACCAAACCCCAAAGGCGCCUCGUCGCGACUCGGGGAAGCGGUUGCGCGCGAGCGGCUUGCCGGGGGUCCUGGGGGGCGCGGGGCCCGUGGGGGGCCACGCGGGGGGCCCCGGGGCACUGCUGGUCAUCAGCGGCGGGGACGGCUACGAGGAGUUCACGGGGUCACCUAGCCCCGGCGGAGACGACGCCGCGGGGAGGGACGACAGCACCAACCACCUGCUGCUGUGGAGGGUCUGAGCCAGGCCCUGGGACGACACCGGGUGGGCCCCUGGGACACGUGGCCUCCAGUGUACAGGGUGGGCCCUUGGACGUGUGGUGGGUUCUGCGCACGUGGCCGCCACACUGAGUGGGCCCAUGGGACACGUGGUGGUGGUGCCCCUGGGACACGUGGCCUAAGCACAGGGUGGGUGCUCGGACAAGAGAUCUCCAUGCAAGUGGCGGGCCUUAGGCAAGUGGCCUUUGCCUUGAGUGAGCCUCGAGCAUACAGGGUGGGCCCUCGGACACGUGUUUACUGAACAGGGUGGGGCCCUUUGUACGCAGUGGGUCCUGGACAUGUUUCCUCGUACUGAGUUUGCCCCUGGGGCGGGUGGCCUUCGUACAGGGUGGGCCCAUGCCACGUGGCUUCCACCACACAUCGUGGGCCCCCGGGCUCGGUGUCGUCCACACAGGGUGGACCCUGAGCACGUGGUGGGGCCUCUAGGACACAGGGUGGGCUCCUGGGCCAUUUGACAGGCCCUGGACAUGUGCCCUCCAUGCAGGGAGGGCUGCUUGGGUGAGUAGCGUCUACACAGGGUGGCUCGUGGGCAUGUGGUGGGGCCCCUUAAAUGUGGCCACCACUGUACAGGUGGGCCCCUGAACACGUGGCCUAAGACAGGGUGGGCCCCCGGGUGGGUAUGGCUCACAGGCAAGCGACUCCAGAUUGCAGGUAACCUCCCAUGUGGUCCGCUGAUUUGGCGAACCUGAUGGCGAUGCUCCUUGUGUGCCUGAUGCCGGUAUUUGACCCAGGUGAGAGGCCAGUGAGGUCUGCCAUCUGUCUAUUGUCAGGGAGACCUGGGAGCUAUAGGGAACACCCACCCACAGGCUCAGCGGCUCUCGGGGUCUGCUGCCUUUCUCCCCCUCCACUCACUGCUGUCCCGUGUGAUCUCCAAAUCCACUCUGCAGUUCUCGACGUCCUGGUUCACCGCUUUGAACCACUGCUUUCUAGGCCAUGUCCCUCGGUCUCCACUGGGGUCCACCUGCAUUUCCGCUGUAGACCAAACCCGGAUUUAGUUCUCAGUCGGCACUUGGUCCAUUAUCAAAAGUUGUGCAGUGUACCGUGAUAAAGUUCCGCACAAAUAGCACCGCACCUCGGGACAAAUUAAUUCCUGCCACCCGAAAACCGAGGCCGGUUCCCAGACAGGCGGCCACCCCAGUCUCUAUCCUCCCCGAGGCUUCCACGCUCAUCACCGUUCGUCUUCCGUUGUGGUUUUCCACUCUUCUUGGGACGAUAUAUCCUGCCCGCCCCCACAAGCCAUCCGAGUCGACACGAUGGGUACCGCUCUGGGCUAGACGAAGUCCCGGGUCACCGUCAUCAGCCACGGUCGAUCCACUGCUGGAUGAAGGCCUCUGCACGCCGCCGUCAUGCCUCUCACGGCCCCAUGUCGCGAACAUGCUGCGUGACGAUGCCAAAUCUGACGGCGCCUUAAAGCAGCGGCUUCCACCCCGAGCGCGGUUCACGUUUGGCGUCUGGAGGCAUCGCUUCUCUUCAUCUAAAUUUAGGGCAAAGGGGAAGAGGUCACCCCCUAAAGAUAGACGCGGGGCUGUUGGGAGCGAGGAGUGUCCGAUCACAGCCACAGCUAGGCAAGAUCGCAGCCGGCGAUGCCACUGCAGCUCGCCAGGGCUGCAGACCCAACCCUGACGGAUUUCUCAGCCAGCCUCGCGGUUGCGAGACGGUGCGGUGUACGGACGGUUCAGUUCAUCGCAGUGACACUGGAACCGGAUCUUGGUACAAACCGAUCCCCACUGCCUUGCAAACACGGACUCCGAGUCCCGGAUGGGUGUGCGACCCGAGCCUCCUCCAGCAGAUCUCCGCAGCUCCACCUGCUGCUGCUGCUGCUACUGUCACACAGUAGACACGUGACCCCCAGGGUCUGCCCUGUCAGUGUCCCACCAUCUUCCCUGAGGACUUCCCCUCGGUAGGUGAAGUUCAUUUAUCCUGGUGGAUGACUCCACGGUUGAAAAACAACGGAGCGAGGAUACAGCUGCGAGU